UAUUGCUUUGAGUCAGUCUUCCUCUUUAGCACGACCUUUCGUGAACGAUGCUUGAGACAUAAAGCAAAGCUAAGAAACUAAUUUCACCUUUGUUUAUGAAUAUUUCAUUUAAUCAUCGGAAUAUAUGCAAGAGGUAAUCUAGUGUGAGGGCAGCUGAGCGCGCACAGAAGCAGAUUGAUGUGUUUUUCGGGGGAAACCGAUGCUAGUGUCUGCUAACGUUCGGCAUUAGUCUGCAGUCAAAGGGGAAGUUCAACUGGACAUUUCAUUUAUCCACGAUUUCAGUACUCAUUCAACUGUGUGCGGAAACGUUGCAUGUUAGUUGGUAGUUCGACUGGUUAGCGAUUGAUCCUUUCGUGCAUUACUAGUAGCAGCUAUUUUUGAUCUUAAAAUGCCAUCAUAAUAAUCUCGAAUAAUGUGUUAUUAAAUGUAGUUUGCGCAUAUCUCACGAGCGUUUCCUGAUUUGUGACGGUUUAAGGGCUACUUUAUAUGAAGUGUGGUGUAGUCUCAGUAUCGCAUGUGCACAUAUAUAUAUAUAUAUAUAUGUUAAAUUAGACGUAUACGUCCUGAUGUUAGUCAUUUGAACCUUAAAGAGACAGUUCAGAUUGUUUGCUAUUGCUCCUCCUGUUGGUAUGGCCGCGUUGCAGUUGUAAACGAACUUUAAAUUAGACAUUUGUGUGCUGUAUGUGUCCUCAGCACUUUAAUCUGUGUGUGAACAGAUUAUCAGGAUGGUCAACACUGACUUUACUAGUCAUACUAUGAGCAGACAGAAUGUUAAUGAGUCCCUAGGCGAGACUGGAAAUUCACUGAUUGAAAUCUGGAAAACUUUGCUCCAUCAUGCGCCUGGCGUCUUCCUUCUUGGCAGUUUUCCGGCCUGCUCUGCCUCUCAUACUGGGUCUCUCUUUGGGCUGCAGCCUCAGUCUUCUGAUGGUGUCCUGGACACAGGGGGAGACAGAUGAUGCAUGUGGAGAUGAACUGGGCAGUGAGGGGCUCCUACACAAUGGCCAUAUCAAGGAUCUUAAAGAUGGCAAAGAUGGGGAUGGUAAUGAGGACUUCCAGCCACGCAUAGUGCCCUAUCACAAAGACCCCAACAAACCACAUAUGAAAGUUCUCAGGACUCGCUACAUACACACAGAGCUAGGCAUCCGAGAACGUCUUUUAGUGGGCAUCCUGAGUUCGCGUGCCACUUUGAACACACUAGGUGUGGCAGUCAAUAAAACCAUUGCGCACCGCUUCCAUCGCACUUUCUUUUUCACUGGUCUUCGAAGUGCAAAGGCACCGCAUGGCAUGGCUGUUGUCGCCCAUGGUGAUGACCGGCCCGUCUGGCUAAUGUAUGAAACUAUACGGCACCUCCAUCAACACCACGGCAAUGAGUAUGAUUGGUUUUACCUUGCCCAAGAUGAUACGUACACACAAGCUGAACGGGUGAUGGAACUGGUUAACCAUCUUAGCACGGGACAGGAUAUGUACAUGGGACGGGCGGAGGAGUUUAUUGGGGGUGAAGAACGUGCCCGGUAUUGCCAUGGUGGAUAUGGCUAUCUGCUGUCACGCAGCCUACUAGACCGACUGCAGCCCCACCUGGACUCUUGUCGAAAUGAUAUCCUCAGUGUCAGGCCAGAUGAGUGGCUUGGUCGCUGUAUCAUUGAUUACUUGGGUCUUAGCUGUGUGGAGAAGCAUCAGGAGAUGACUUACCGUUACUUUGAGCUGCAGAAGAACGUGGAUCCUGAGCGUGAGGACAGUGCCAAGUUUAAGAAUGCCUUCACUGUGCACCCAGUCUCCGAACCUGCCCUGAUGUAUCGCCUGCACAAACGCUAUAAUCAGAUUGAACUGGACUGGACCUAUGCACAAAUACAGCAGUUACAGAUGCAGAUCAAUAACAUAAGUGAGCUCACUCCAGAGGGAAAAGCCGGAGCCACCUGGCCCAUUGGAAUCAAUCCUCCCUUCCGGCCCAAGACCCGCUUUGAGGUAAUCAACUGGGAGUACUUUACUGAAGAGCACAUUUAUUCAUGUACUGACAGUUCUCCAAAGUGCGAACUUCGAGGUGCGGACCGGGCAGAUGUUAAUUCAGUCCUGGAGACUGCAGUGGCAUGUCUGAAUGAGCGUUAUCAGCCACAGUUGCGCUUUCGUAAGCGCCGCUUACUAAACGGGUACAGGCGCUUUGAUCCCACGCGAGGCAUGGAGUAUGUUCUGGAUCUGGCCCUGGAAGCCUUCACGCAGAAGGGUCAUAGUCAGGUCCUCGCUAAACGGGUGAGUUUGCUGAAGCCACUCAGUGUUGUUGAGAUCAUCCCCAUGCCAUAUGUAACAGAAGCAACAAGGGUACAGGUCAUCCUCCCUGUGACAGCACAUGAGCAAGACUUCGUGGGCAACUUCCUUGACAUGUAUGUAAUGAAUGCUUUGGAUACGCAUGACAAUGCUCUGCUUACCUUCUUGUUUGUCUAUGACCCCUUUGAUGCCCAGAGAGUCAGCCAGACAGAUGUUUUUGCCGGUGUCAAAGCCAUGAUUGGCGAGGUAGAGAAACGUUAUGGUGAUGUGAAAAUUCCUUGGAUUAGUGUAAAGACCGAAGUUCCCUCACAGGUCAAGCUUAUGGACAUCAUCUCCAAGAAACAUCCAGUAGACACCCUGUUCUUCCUGGCCAGCGUUUGGACGGAGGUCAAUGCUGACUUUCUAAACCGUUGCCGUAUGAAUGCUAUCAGCAAUUGGCAGGUUUUCUUCCCAAUUCACUUCCAAGAGUACAGUCCUGCUCUGGUCUACCGUGACCAACAGCCUUCGGUUGCUUCAUCGUUUUCAUCCGAGACACUGCGAGAUGGCCACUUUGACCGUCAUGUCUUUGAGGAAGGCUGCUUCUACAAUGCAGAUUAUAUGGCUGCACGCACAAAAAUGGCUGCCGACAUCUUGGACAAUGAUGAGUUGCUUGAGAGCUUGGAUAUCUAUGAGAUAUUUGUACGUUACUCGGGAUUACACGUGUUUCGGGCUGUCGAGCCGGCACUAGUUCAGAAGUAUGUGCACAGGGAAUGUAACCCACGGUUUAGUGAGGAUAUCUAUCACCGUUGUGUGCUCAGUAACCUGGAGGGGCUGGCCUCUCGCUCACACCUAGCAAUGGCUUUGUUUGAACAAGAGCAGGCUAACAGCACCUAAGAACGAACUACUACAAGAAGCAUGCUUCAACUUGGCUAAAAAUCUCAUCAAUGUCAUUUAGGUGGCCUUAACAUACCUGGACUAGUCUUGAACCAAACUCUGUCUCAUGGGGAAAGGACCUACGAAUAUUAAUUGUGUGAAUUUCACCCUAAUGCAUGUGAAAUUUUCUGCACAGACUAGACAAAAUGAAUAGCCUUGGUACUUACAGAUCCACUUGCAGCUGUAUUGACCCAUAGAUUCUUACAUGGUGAACAUGACUAAUGUGAAGCAGAGGACUUAUCUAAGGAGAGAACAGUACCCAUGAAGUCUUAACGACUCACUUCAAAUAAAACUUGUGGAUUGAACUUCACUUUGUUCAUGUACACAACUAUUGAUGACUGAAUGAAGGAGCCUUAGUAGAGGUUCCAUCCUAAGUUUCAGCUUCAAACGUAACUUGAGCCGUCUUCUUCACAUAUAUGAUUGUAUGACCUUUAAACAGAAUGUGAUGCCUAUAUCAGGACUGAAUAAACAAAUUAUCUGUGAAACCUAA